AUGAAACAAGCUACUCUUUCGUUUGGUACAGGUAAGAAGCUUACCAUCUCCAAGAGUGCUGCACCAAAGUGCACUGAUCCUCUCCAUGAAAUACUCUCUGCACCUUCCUCCUCCAAAAUUAGUAAACCUAAAAAGAUGAAAAAGUAUGAACAAUUAGUAAUGGAUUGUGGACAGAAGAGUUUUACCAGUAAUCGUUGUAAAUCAUGUGGUAUGGUUUAUAUGAAUGGUGAUUUUCAAGAUGAAAAGGUUCAUAACAAAUUUUGUCAAUCUUUUAAAAAGUUGAUGAAAUACAAAGUUACAUCAAAAGAUAAUGUGAAGGAAGAUGAUUAUCCAAAUAAGAUUAUUGUAAUUAAUGCUCAAUCACCUAAGGCUCUUCAUAAGAAGGCAGAACAAAUUGUUGAAUUUAUUGAUACAAGUUCACUUCAAUGUACAUUACCAUUUUCAAUAUCUACUCAUACCAUGUUUUUAUAUAUUAAUACAGAAAAUGAUGAAAUUAUGGGUUGUGUAGUUGUAGAGAGAGUUAGUAAAGCUCAUCCUUCAUUUGUGGAAAAGAAGGAUUUGAAUGAAAGUACUCUUUCUAAUUCAUUUGUGGAAGAUGAAAAUUGUCCAUCAAAUAAUUUGGAUGUCAUCUUGUCAACUACAAGUAUUGAUUCAGCAUAUGAUGACAAGAAAUCAAUUCUUUCAUGGGAUGAUAAGAGGAGUGUAAAUGUUUAUUGUGGUGUAAAUAGAAUUUGGGUUAAGGAAGAACACAGAAGAGGUGGUGUUGCUUCUAAACUUUUAGAUGCUGUCAGAUCUCAUUUCAUUUAUGGAUUUGAAAUUUCAAAGAACAAUUUAUCAUUUUCUCCUCCAACUCCAAAAGGUGCUUACUUUGCAGCAACUUACUGUUCUGGAAGUUUGAAAGAUUGUGACUUUUUAGUUUAUGUCACUAGUCCAAUUUCACCUUUAGAAUAA